UAUGUUUAUGAAAAAUAUAUCUUUAUAUAAGUCAUAGGACUUGCCUCAUUCUUCAUGUUUACCUUGUUUGCCAAUAAUUAAAUGGUUAGGUUUCAUUUGUGUAAAUUUGAAAUUUUGGUUUCACUUUGAUGCUAGGAGUUAACUAUUAAUUUAUAUUUACAUGUUAUUCAUUUCACUUUAAGUUUGAAUGAAAUAAUGAAAUAAUACUAUGUAAUCAUUACAGUAUUUAGCAUAGUACUAAGGGCACUUUCUCCGAAUAUUAUUGUUGUUGCAAAUUUAACUAGUCAAUUGGACAUGUGAGACUUCUCUUGUUGAAUUUUGAUUCCGCUAUAAACUAGUAAAUAUACUUUUGAAUGUAAUCAAUCUAAUUUUUGUUGUGAAAUUUUAUAUUUAUAGAGUCAUUCAUAGUUAAAAUGUUGAAGGUAUUACAAUUAUUCAAAGUAGGAACCUUUAGAAGAAUAUCUCAAUAGUUUUUUCUCUUGAUGUAGAUGGAAUUUGAACAUCGUGGAUGGAUGUAUAAUAGGACUCAUCCUAAUCGUGCGAGAUUGAGGGAGGAAUUUAUAGAAGGAGUUGCGGGGUUUAUUGCUAAGGCGAAAUCGCUAAAUGAUUUUCUUAUUGAAAGGACAAUUAGGUGCCCUUGUAUUAAAUGCAAGUGUGUCAAGUUAUUGAGACCAGAUGCAGUUGAGCUUCAUCUUUACAAGAAUGGAUUUAUAGAAAAUUAUUAUGUGUGGACUGUUCAUGGAGAGAAUCAUGAUUUUCAUAAUUCUUUUGGUGGUGAGGGUAGUCCCAGAAUAGAGAAUAAUUUUGAAAAUUCUCGAUGCAAUGAAAUGAUGAGAGAUGCGUUUGAGAUGUUCCCAGGGGCUCACUCCGAACCAAAUGAUGAGGCUAAGCGCUUUUAUGAACAACUAGAGAAAGCUAGUCAUCCAUUGUAUGAAGGCUCAAUGCAUUCCAAGUUGUCUGUUGCAGUUAGACUACUAACUAUCAAAUCCGAUAGUUCUAUUUCUCAAGCGGGCAUGGAUUCUAUCAUUGGGCUUAUGAAUGAACUAAAUCCGAAUAAAAUUGAUUUACCUAAAGAUUUCUAUACUCCAAAGAAAUUGGUGUCCAAGUUAGGACUUUCAUCAGAAAGGAUUGACUGUUGUGAGAAAGGAUGCAUGUUAUUUUACAAGGAUGAUGCAGCGUUAGAAAAUUGUAAGUUUUGUAACCAACCUCGUUAUAAGGAGGUUACAAAUGCUAAUAAGAAGAAGGUUCCCGUAAAGGCUAUGCAUUACUUACCCCUUAUACCAAGAUUAAAGAGGUUGUAUGCAUCAAUGAGCUCCGCUCCUCAUAUGAGAUGGCACUAUGAACAUAGAAUGCCAACCGGUGUUCUAUGUCACCCGUCAGAUGGAGAAGCAUGGAAGCAUUUUGAUAGGGUGUUCCCGAACUUUGCAAGUAAACCAAGAAAUAUUAGGAAAAGUUUAAAGGGGGACCAGUGUCUGAUGCUGAGGUUUUUGCGGAGACACAUAAGAAAAAGAAGAAAGACGGUUCAAGAGAAGGAUGGGUUGAGACACGUGCAUCGAAACAAUAUGAUGGAUAUCAUAGAAGCUUGGAUGAAUGGUGUCAGACGCAGCCUACUUCUGAUGAUGGUACCCCAAUCCAACCGUCACCCGAUGUUAUGACUUCAAUAUGGAUGGAUGUAGCAGGUGGUGUAUCCAAGGAAGAGUUUACGGGCUUGGAGUACAACGACCUUCCUCUUUUCGUCCAUCGCCAUUAGUUUCAGAUGCUCCCACUGCUCAAAAUCAGGAAGAAAUGGGAGCAAUGCAAAAGAAUAUUGAGUUGUUGUCGAGACGAUGUGAGACGGCCGAAGCUCACAUUGCUAGAAUGGAUAAAUACAUGAAAAAACACAUGCCCCACUUUUAUGAUGAUGAAGAGACUGAUUCUGAUGUGUAGUAGUGAUUUAAGGUUGAUUACUGUUCUUGGAUGUUUAAAUUUUAUAUUUAGACUUUAUGGUAGAUUUGAAUGAUGUGGUAUAUAUAUGUUUAGACUUUAUUAUAUUAGUGUCGAUAUGUAUUAGCUACUCAGACUUGAUAUUGAAUAUUUAGACGUUAAGCAAUGUUUUGGUUUGAUA